AAAAAGUUUUGUAAAAAUGUGUUCCUCGUAGCGUAACUGCAAAUCAUAGAACGAAUGUGGGACUGUAUAGUAGUUGGCUGCCCUGUUGGUAGCAUCAGCGCACAACGCAAAAAUGGACCAGUAUCUUUUCAUGUGUUUCCGCACCCGUCCCGUGAGCCUCGACGCUUCCAGCAGUGGAUGGCCAUCAUCAACAAUCCGAAGCUGCAUGCGAUGAGCCCGAUUAGUGUUUACAAAAGUAUGCGCAUCUGCCGAAUACACUUUGCAGCAAACAGCUACAAUGGCGAGUGCAAGCGAUUGCAACCUGGCGCUGUUCCGACCAUGUACUUGCGACCGAUUGCGUUGGUCCAACCGAUGGACAGCAUGGGAGAUGAGCUGGAGAGAUUGCUCCGGGAGGAGAACAAGCAUCAGCUCAAACGGCACACCUUGAGCAGUUCGAUCGGAAGUGAUCUGGACUGUGCGAGCAAAAGACCAAGGAUCGAUAUUACGAUGCUGUCCUCCGAUGCAGAAGAUGCAGAAUGCUGUGCUGGUGAUGAAUUCGUGGAUAGCAUAAUCGAAUUCAAUGAGGAGUAUCUCGAAGAGGAAGAUUACGAAGAGGGAUCACUGGCUAGCGAUUCGAGGCUUUCCUCCGUGUGCGGCGGAGAAUACAUGAUGACCAGCUUCAGCGGGCUGAUCCCGAGUGAGCUGGACACUUUAAAACAGGUGGAAAUACUCAACGAACCGCCAGAAACGCUGUUGAACGAAUCGGCGGCUCAAGAAACGUACAAUCGGUUACCGAUCGAGAAAGGAUAUGAGCUGCUCGUACGGGAAUUCGCCAGUGAGGCUAGCAAUGAGGAGGAGCAGUACGAUGUGAUUAAUGAAACGCAGGAAAGCGCGACCAAAAAUAGGAAAUUAAAGCAUGAAGUGAUUGAAACAAUCGCACAAGGAUUCUCAAAAGCACCUCUGAAUGAGGAGUUCUUCCAGAAGUGUCGUACCGAUUUCUACGACUGCCCAAAGAAUGUGCUCGCGCAGAACGUGUGCACCCGGAUAGAUCCGUUCGAUGCGUGUCUGUCGCGGAAAUCGUUGGAAAACACGCAGCAUGUUUUCACGUACAAGAUCGAGAACGAAGGCAAGCCGUUGACGAACCAGAAAAGCUCGGGACGCUGCUGGUUGUUCGCAGCACUGAACUGCAUUCGCAUUCCGUUCAUCAAGCAGUACAAUCUGGACGAGUUCGAGUUCUCACAGGCGUAUCUGUUCUACUGGGAUAAGAUCGAGCGGGCAAACUACUUCCUGAACAAUGUCGUCGAUACGGCGAAGCGUGGCGAGGCGGUCGACGGAAGGCUUGUGUCAUUCCUGCUGUCCGAUCCUACGUGCGACGGUGGCCAGUGGGACAUGCUGGUCAAUCUGAUCAACAAGCACGGUCUAAUGCCGAAGAAGUGCUUCCCGGAAAGCUACAGCUGCGAGGCGAGCACGCGAAUGAACUCGGUGGUAAAGAGUAAGCUGCGUGAGUAUGCUAAAGAUCUGCGGAAGCUCAUCGAUGACGGAGCUUCCGAUGACGAAGUGAAGGACCGUAUCAAGAAGCAGAUGAACGAGAUCUACAACAUUGUGGGUAUCUGCCUCGGUAUCCCGCCAGAGAAGUUCACCUGGGAGUACUAUGACAAGUCGAAGAAGUACCUAACCAUUGGCCCGAUCCGGCCAAUCGAUUUCUACGAGAAGUACGUCAAACCGUAUUUCAAUGUGGACGAUAAGGUGUGUCUAGUGACGGAUCCGCGCUCGUCGAACCUGUACGGACGCUCGUACACAGUCGACUGCCUGGGGAACGUGGUUGGCGGAAGGCCGGUUCUGUACAACAAUCAGCCUGUGGAGCUGCUGCUGGACCUUGUUACGAAGGCACUUAAGUUCGGCGAACCCGUCUGGUUUGGGUGUGAGGUGAAUAAGCGCUUCGCUGGCAAGCAGGGUAUCGAGGAUUUGGAUAUCCAUGAUUUUAAACUAGUAUUCGGUGUAGACAUCCAGACCACGAUGGAAAAGGCCGAUCGAUUGCUGUAUGGCGAGUCUAUGAUGACGCACGCCAUGGUAUUUACCGGUGUUUCUGUUGAUCCGAAUACCCAAAAACCGACCAAGUUUCGCGUGGAGAACUCCUGGGGAGAGGAUCGUGGUGAGAAGGGUUACCUCAUAAUGACGGCCGAAUGGUUCAAGGAGUUCGUGUUCGAGGUGGUUGUCGAUCGCAGCAUAGUCAGCCAGGACGUGCUGGAUGUAUUUGAUCUCCCGCCCAUCGUGCUGCCCGCCUGGGAUCCCAUGGGUACGCUGGCAAAGUAGGCGACAGAA